CAUCCGCCUUUUUUUUGGGGAAGCCUUUAAAAUAUUCUCAUUUCCUUUUCGGAAUCGGAUCUGUGCGUUCCGCACACAAUUUCUUUGCCAAUCGGAGCUGGAAGCUCAGCCUGAUUUCAACGAAGGAGGGAGGGAGAGAUACCUAGAGCUAGAAGAUGUCGUGGCAAGCGUACGUUGACGAACAUUUGAUGUGCGAGAUCGACGGCCAACAUCUGACGGCCGCUGCCAUCAUCGGCAACGAAGGCGGUGUCUGGGCUCAAAGCGAGACCUUCCCGCAGUUCAAACCUGAAGAAAUAACUGCCAUUCUGACUGAUUUCGCUGAACCUGGAUCUCUUGCACCAACUGGCUUAUACCUUGGCAAUGUCAAAUAUAUGGUUAUACAAGGUGAACCUGGGGCUGUUAUUCGAGGGAAGAAGGGUUCUGGAGGCAUUACUAUCAAGAAAACAAAUCUUGCUCUGAUAAUUGGCAUUUAUGAUGAGCCGAUGGCUCCAGGGCAGUGCAAUGUGAUUGUGGAAAGGCUUGGGGAUUAUCUCAUUGAACAGGGAUUUUAAGUAUUGUGUUGUGCUUGUCCUUUUCAUUUGCUUUGAUGGAUUAUUGUACUCUUCGUCAUGGGAUUGCAUCUAAAGUUCUACACCAUGCAUGUGUUUUUCGCACGAAAUAAUCUAUUAAAAAUGUGUUGGUUUUGCGUGGGGGAAUUGCAUUUAAAUAUGUAUCUUUGCCCCCACUUCUGGUCAGAGUUGCUUUUACUUGCUGGCUAUGCAUUUCUUUUUUAAUUGGGUUGUGAGUUUUAUGAGAUGAAAUUUUAUAUGAUGCAAGUAUUCAAAACUUUUGUUUUUUUAAGUUGUAUUUAUUCAGGACCA